GAUACAGAUGUUGUAGAUAAUCUGUGGCAUGGUGGCAACUGGCAAUGCAUCACUGAUUAUUUUUGCUAAAUAAAUAACCUAUUUUUUAAUGGUUUGGUGCUUAUUCAGUGGAGAAUAGUUGUAAUAUUUUUAAAGGCUUACAAUAAGGAACAAAAUGAGCUUUCUCUUUGGAAGUAGGUCUAACAAAACUUUCAAGCCAAAGAAGAACAUUCCGGAAGGGACCCACCAGUAUGACUUGAUGCGUCAUGCGGCCGCCACACUAGGCUCUGGGAACCUGCGGCUGGCAGUCAUGUUGCCUGAGGGUGAAGACCUUAAUGAAUGGGUUGCAGUUAACACGGUGGACUUCUUCAACCAGAUCAACAUGCUGUACGGCACGAUCACAGAGUUCUGCACGGAGGAGUCGUGCGCGGUGAUGUCGGCCGGCCCCAAGUACGAGUACCACUGGGCGGACGGACACACCGUCAAGAAGCCCAUCAAGUGCUCCGCGCCCAAGUAUAUAGACUACCUGAUGACGUGGGCGCAAGACCAGCUCGAUGACGAGACCUUGUUCCCUUCCAAGAUAGGGGUCCCGUUCCCAAAGAACUUCCUGUCGAUGGCGAAGACGAUCCUCAAGCGGCUAUUCCGCGUCUACGCACACAUCUACCACCAACACUUCCCCGAGGUGGUGCAGCUUGGCGAGGAGGCGCACCUCAACACCUCCUUCAAGCACUUCAUAUUCUUUGUGCAGGAAUUUAACCUCAUCGAGCGACGGGAGCUGGCGCCGCUGCAGGAGCUCAUCGAGAAGCUCACCGCUAAGGAGGCGCGAUGAGUGGAACACGCCACUUGAGUACAUGACACAUGACACUCCACACCUGACACGGUCACCUACCCAUGAAUGUAUAGUAAAGGUGUAUCGAGCGCUCCUAAUACUAUUAUAUAUAAACUUAUGGAUAGAACAGUCCUAAUAGUACCUAAUUGAAGCAAAAACCUACAAAUCGCUAACACACUUGAUUGCCAAGCAAGAGCCAGAGAUCGGAUACCACUGGUGUGCUACUUCUCGCUCUAACUUGUUAGUCCAAGUGGGAUAGCGAUAAUCAAGUAUUUCCUUCAACUAUACUCUAUCCAUGGAAAAAAGUUAGUAAAGCGCUCUCUCUCACGUUAUCCUAUACAAAAAGCCAUUUUGAGGCACCAACCAAUCACAAACAUGUUUUCAAAAAACAUUCGAAUUCAAUUUGAAUACAUUGUUUCGUUUGUGAUUAGUUGGUGACGCAAUAUGGUUAGCAUCUACUAAGAUUUUUGCCUCUGUCAUUUGUAUGGGAUUACGUAACGGAGCAAAUACCUACUUAUUGCUAUCCCACUUGGACUAACAAGUUAGAGCGAGAGGUAGCACACCAGUGGUGUCCGAUCUCUGGGUCUUGUUGGGCAGUCGAAGUCGGUUAGCGAUAUAUAGGUUUUUGUUUCAAUUAGUUAUUAGGACUGCUCUAUCCAUAAGUUCAUGGACUUAUCCUAACACAGCGGCCAUGACGAAACAACACUUUAGGCGUGGUUCAGUUAGGGUGUAUGACCAUUGAAGUGUAGCGGAGCGGAGACGUGUUUAACAGGCCAAUUAGCUUAUUGAUACGUCAUUUCUCAAUAAUCUGAUUGGUCGACACAUGUCUCCGUUCAAAGGCGCGCUCUAAACCUUAUUUUUACUCUUAAGGUUGGUAUAGUUUUAAACAAAGUUCUAAACAUGUUUUUAAUCGUGUUUUAAACAAAAAUGUUUUGUUUAAAUAACUCUUUUUUCCAACCCUGGUCUACGCCUUUAACAUCCAGAUAUCGGUCUAUAUUUAUCAAUAUAGCGUUAAUAUUGAUUUACUGUAUAACCCCUGCCUUACUAAAGAUAUUCUAAAGUAUGCUGAGGUUCAUAAUUAAAAAAAAAAAAUUGGGCUCCUGCAUACCGAAAUUAACCAGUGUAGUUUCACUAGUAUAGUGACAAUAAAGAAACAUCGAAAAUAGCGGUGUUAAUAAUUCGUUCUCAUUCACACACUAUACUGUGUAUAAUGUGUGAAUGAGACAAGAUGAUUAGUUCGCUUUGUUUCGAUUCGUUUCUUUAUUGCCAAAGUUAAAUAAUCGGCUUUAUACAUGAGGUGUACUUAAAAUUAGCUGUUUAUAGUAAAAAAAAACAGUUGAUCUAAUUAAUUAAUUCUGAACGCCCUUUUUUAUUAAGGACUAAUUUCCCAAUCAGUUAUUUAGAUGAGUGCAUAAAUGAGCUUAUAUGCGCAAAAAAAACGCCCAAUCUGGAAAUGCCCUAAGCCUAAGGAUCCUUGAUGCGUAUAAACGCAGCGAAAAAUACAGAAGCAAGAUUACUGAAAUAUAUUUUGUGUGGGUGAUAACUGCACUUUGUAACUUGAAACUAAUGGUGCCUGUCCACUGCAGUGAAUGUAGUAGUGAUGUGCUCAAUAGAGUAAUCAGAUUAUUGAGAGGUGACGUGAUAACGUUUGUUGCUUCAUCUCUUUGUAAUCUGAUUGGUCUGCUGAACAACUUUCUGCUCCAAUCCGCUUCAAUGAACAGGUACCUUAACGCUGCGGUUAGCGUGUAGAACGCGUAUGUGUUGCGUUUAUACUUCAUACGCACCAAAAAACCUCACCCUAACAUAGCGCAAUUUUUUAAGAUUUGGGCAGAAAUUGGGCAGGAUGUGUUUGAAACUUUUGAAAAUUUUCAUAGCGACUUACCGGACUUACCGAUUUUUCGACGUUUAUUAAUAUAAUAUACUAAUGUAUUAUAAUAAUAAUAAUAAUUAAUAUUUUUUUGGAUGAAAUUGUGAUAUGAGCUAUUUGGAGACUGGUCGAGAUUCGGGUGUAGUCACAGCGGCUUGCGAUGCCGUUGAGGGUAACUUUUAGGCCCCUUUAAGGUACCUGGCCAUUUAAUUUGAGCGAAGCGGAGAUGUGUAAGCAGAUCAAACAGAUUAUUGAUAGAUGACGUGAGCAAGCGAUAAUGGAUUUUUUAUAUACAAUUUAUUUUGUCCCAUAUAAAUAAAGAUAUACUUAGUUUUUAAAGUUUAAACUAAAAUGCAUUUCUAACCCUUUCAUAAUCCUUCUACUAAAGGUUAGCAUUAAAUUUAGGCUGAAAUCUAUACAGCGCAUCUUAAUUUUGCUUAGACUUAAGUUUCAAUUAAAACGAGAUAGACUUAUGCCAGCGGUAUAACGCUGUCUCGCUUUAACAGUGUCUUUAGUCUGAGCAAAGUCAAAGUGCGCUCUAAAGAGCUCAGCCUUAGACCUGUCAAUUUAGUUUAAAGAUUGUGUUAGCCAGAGUUAGCCGCAAUAACUGAUGUCGAAUAACGUCCAAUAGUAAACUAUGCAGUGUGCAGGCAUCACAAGCGCGCUUGUGGGUCACCAAGCAUUUAAUAUGAGAUUAAAAUAGAUCGAUGGUGCUGUGGAGCGUCUCAUACUAUGCCCAAUACAUAGGUACCAAGGUCCCUUAAGUCCAAUCAAAUGAGUUUCUAAACUUAAUUUUCUCUACUGUCUACUUAUUGCAGAGAACGUGCGGUACAGUACUGCCUACAACGUAUAUAAGUUACGCCGAUGUACCUGCGCAGAAAUAAUAUUUUUGAAUGGCGCGUUAAUAUCUCAGCUAAUCAUAGCGCGCGUCCGUCCGCUAUUGGUUGUUGCCUACGCGCCUUGUUUUGUAUUUUGAGUUUCGUGGGCAGAUCCGUCUCAUGCACCGUAAAAGUUGUACUGUACUUUAAAUUUAAAGGUCUCUUAAGUCCAAUCAAAGAAUUUCUAAACUAUAUUGUGUAUUGCAAAAUGUGCGGCAUGUUAUGCGCACCGGGACUAACUUCACUCUUUAAUGUUAUAAUGUUGAUAAUAUUAUAAGAGUUACGUUAACAGGAAAUACUGUGUCAAACAGUACGGUUUGCCAUUUGAAUAGGGCAAUAUGGUUAAAACUAUAUUCUCCUAAAACUGCCAUAAAAACUUGAGACCACCCACGGCAUCGUUGAAUGUCGUCACGACAAAUUAUUAUAAUAUUAUAAAUGAUUUAUAUCCUCUAAAGUAAUUUAGAUUUGAUACAAAAAGUAUGAUAAUAGUUUAUACUUAAGUAGAAAUGAUUGAUCUUUACAAUUUAAUGCUUUUAUUUGUAUAGUCAGUCUGGCGUCUCCUCACUUGAUAUAACACACACACACUUUUAUAAUUAUUAGGAAAUAAUUAAGUAUUUAUUUAUAAUAUAAUACUUAGUAACUAAACAAAUGUAAAAAAUGUUUUCUGAAAUUAUAAAAAAUAUGUUGCGAUAUGUAAUCUCACUAAUAUUAUUAAUAAUAAGUUAUUUGUUUAAAAAAAUUAAGGGUUAAAACUAUGACGUAGGUAUAAGUUUGUUAAACAGGAACCACCAAAACCGAGCUGGGUGGAACCAGGAAUUUCAAGCUGAAAUUUGUAAAAAUAACGCAAUAGAAUAAAAAUAAGUAAUAUAUUUUUGAAUAUUAAAUCAAUCUGAAAAAAUGGGAAUACUGCCAGGAAAACAUUAUAAAUAAAGAACGGUAAUACAAAUAAUUAUAUCAUGCUUGCUUUUCACAUUCACUUCAUAAUAUAAACUUAAUAUUUAUUUUAAUUAUAUAAAGUAUCUUAAAGUAUCACACACUGCCUUUUCCAAUAAUUAAUAUUAUAUUAUUAAGAAAACGUGUGACUUGACGCCAGAUUGUGAAUAAGUAUUUAGGUUCCUUAUUUAUUUAUUGUGAUUAUUUUAUUCGCGGAAUAGAUAUAAAAGAUUACACAAUGCUCCUAUAGAGCUACGAGUUUUACGAACGUUUACUCACUGAAUGACGUCUGCGUUAUUUUAUGACAAUUUGGAAAACGUAUAGUGCUACAAAUGUUUCACUUCUAGCGACGAAAUCCGAGAUCUCUAAAGUGAACUUUGACUUUGCUCAGACAUAAGACACUGUUAAAACGAGACAGCGUUAUAUCGCUGACAUAAAUCUGUCUCGUUUUAACUGAAACUUAAUCCUGAGCUAAAUCAAAAUAAUGGUGUAAAUGGGUGGUUCGCUAACUCAGUGUUCAUCACUGAGUAAAAGCCGUGAAGCUCAUUUGACAUUUAUUUGUAAAUCCUUUGAAGGUUUUCUACGAAAAGUCAAUACCCAUACCAAUGUCAUAUGAGUUUGAUGGCUUAAAUUUAGUGAUGAUCACUGAGUUGCGAAUCACCCAAAAAUUUACGUACUUUACGUAGACUAAUGAUUCUGCCGUCCCAUUUCUAAAAAGUCGAUCACUGCAAAAAAUAUUGUAAGAGAACACCAAAACAAAAUGGGAAUUUAGAAAAACAAAUGUUUCUUAAAAAAGUUUGCUACGUAUAGGUCCAAAUUAAAAAGCAACUAUAACCCUUGGUCCUACGUAGCAUUCUUUUUUAGAAAUAUUUGUUUUCCGAAUUCCCAUUUUGUUUUGGCGAUCUCUUAUGUUUUGCAUUUAACGGCCUUGGGACGGCAGAAUUAGCGUCAACCACAGACUUCGACUUUUGCAAAACCAGCGGAUAAAUGAGGGACUAUUUGGCUAGACAUAACUUGGCGAGUAAACGCUCGUGAAACUCAUUGUAGCCCUGUUUAUGUUUAUUUAAUGCUAUUCAGUUAGCUAAUAAGUUAUUUACAAAUGAUUUGCGCAUUUUUACAAUCGUUAUUGUUUGUGCAGAAUCGUAUUUGCCACCCUAGCACCGGACUUGUGAUUAUGACAUGGAGAUCGUCGCAAUUGGUAGGCAUAGGCCGAAUUCAGUUUUCGAGCUAGGACUUUAAUUGAGCUUAAUGUGGAAAUGUGGUGUUAAUUCGGAUGUACGCAGUAGGUAUAUUUAUAUCUCUAAAAUAAAAUGGAAGGUCUGGUUAACCUUUCUCUCAACAAUUAACAAACAAACAUGCGCUAUAAAUAAUUACAAUAAAAUUACUAUUAAUUAUUUGCUAUUAUUUAUAGCGCAAAAUAAUUUUUAAAUACAUAAUAUCGCACCAGGAGCGCCUUUGACGGCUACAGUUCACUUCAGGCGCGACCCAAUGGAGACGCAGGUUCGAAUUCUGCCGGAUCCGCAAUUUUUGCUAUUUAAACAUUAUUUAGAAACCUUGAAGCACUAUCAUAAAAUUUUAUUGUACAGCCGAAUUAGCACCACCAUUGUCAAGUGCCAACCGAUCGGAAGGAUGCAUUGAUUGUUUGUAACUUUGGUGCUAGAGCUGCUAAUGUACGUGCGACUGACAAUUGAUUUUUUUAUUUAUAAUUACUAUGUAAUGUGAAGCAAAUAUACGAAUUAUAAAAUCA